GAUUCUUCAUUUGAAAAUGACAACUAUUCUGUGAUAAAGAAAGUCAAGUUUACCCAUAUUCACUGGAUGUCUACAACUGGUCUCGGCUUUCAAAGAGCAUCCGAUACAAGGAGGCAGAAGCAUCAAGAGGCACCCAGUAGUUCAUUGGUUCAACAGUGAUGCGAGAAAUAUAGUUGUCAGGAGCACAAGAUGAUCACGUUUGCUGGUGAUCAUUUUCUCUGCAUGUAGGCAAAAUUACAUCCAGAAGUUAAAUGGGAUUCACGUUUCAUCCAGGAGGGGUUGUGUACACUCGCAGAGAGAGAGAGACUUCUAAAGGAAACACAACCUUUCUGUUGACUUAUACCAUAUUUUUAAAAAUCUCUGUGUUCUGUACAAUCAGCCAACCAAGGAAGUGAAAGGCCUAUAUGAACCCAAUAGCAAUGGCGAGAUCAAGGGGUCCAAUCCAGUCUUCAGGGCCAACAAUACAGGAUUAUCUGAAUCGACCAAGGCCUACCUGGGAAGAAGUAAAAGAGCAACUAGAAAAGAAAAAGAAAGGCUCCAAGGCUUUGGCUGAAUUUGAAGAAAAAAUGAAUGAGAACUGGAAGAAAGAACUGGAAAAACACAGGGAGAAAUUGUUAAGUGGAAGUGAGAGCUCAUCCAAAAAAAGACAGAGAAAGAAAAAAGAAAAGAAGAAAUCUGGUAGGUAUUCAUCUUCUUCUUCAUCAAGCUCUGAUUCUUCCAGCAGUUCUUCUGAUUCUGAAGAUGAGGAUAAGAAACAAGGAAAACGGAGAAAGAAAAAGAAGAACCGUUCACAUAAAUCUUCUGAAAGCUCCAUGUCAGAAACUGAAUCAGACAGUAAGGAUAGUUUAAAAAAGAAAAAGAAGUCAAAAGAUGGAACUGAGAAAGAAAAGGAUAUUAAAGGACUCAGCAAAAAGAGAAAGAUGUAUUCUGAAGAUAAACCUUUAUCAUCUGAGUCCUUGUCAGAAUCGGAGUAUAUUGAGGAGGAAAAAACAAAAAAGAAAAAGAAGCAUAAGAAACACAGUAAGAAGAAGAAAAAGAAGGCUGCCAGUUCAAGUCCUGACUCACCGUAACAUUAAGAAAAAUCAGGAUUCCCUUAUAAAGAAAGUGCAAUGUCUGAGGAGAUUUCAACUGUGAAAACUACAACAUAUUUACUAAAAUGCAUGAAUUUUCUUGUUUUUAGAAUUAUUCCUGGACUAUUCAGUAGCCACUCAGAUGCCACUGUGUGAAAGGGCCAUAAAUGUUGCCUGCUGCUUGAACAUCUAUUUUUUUCUCUUCCAGUGCUUGAUAACUCUGGGAGAUAAUACACUGCAGUCGUACUAGUGGUUAAGAUAUUUGGGAAUAAAAUUAAUACUUUUGACUAGAAGCGUCUAAGGAUAAACCAACAGAAAUUGAAUCUGGAUACAUCUUUAAGAUGUAAUCAGAAAUGACCAGAUGACUCUAGUUAGAAUUUUUGAAGGAGGGAUUACAUUAAUAUUUCAAAACCCUUACUCUGUAGAUAAGUGUAUUUUAAUUUUUUCCCCUCGUAUACUUUUAUUUACCUGGGGAAGGAGCUUUUAGGGUUGGGGGGUGGUUUACUAUCUCUUUAGCUAGCAGAAUAGUGUGCCUUUGAUCCUCACACAUCCUGUAUUAUGGACACAGUAGCCAUGCUUCACGGGGAGGUCAGAGCUGGCUACCAGCAGUCUUGCCCUUUACUGAGCUUAGUGUCAUCUUUGGAUGCUGUCAUAUGCUGCUUUGAGUGAACCAGAGAAACAGCCAUUUGCAGCAUGAGAAAGCCCCAAAAGCUCUGGGAUUUACCUCCACUUUAGUAAUAAUGAAUAUUUUUUAGCAUUAGAAUGUGUUAUGUCAUUUGAAUUAAUUUUGACUACACUUUGGCUUGGGAGAGGAAUUAUUUUAAAUAGACAUUGGUACUUUUUGAACUUGAUAGCUAAAGAUUCUAAAAUGCAUGUUUUAUACUAAGUUUUAACCAGUCAGGAAAAUUUUAUGUAACUAGUGAUAGUUUAUUUUUUUGUAUGAAUUUUGUUUAGGCUGCAAUGUUUAGCUUUUGUUAACUCCUCACUCUUGCUGUCUUAAGUUCAUUACUAUGUUUAAUGGCCUACUUGCCAAGAUAUUUAGCAUGUAAAAAGCAGGGUUUUGAUUAAAAAAAAAACGGCUUCAUAUUGAAGCUGAGACUUACAAUAACAAGUUGAGUGGCAAGCCUGGUAUGCUGUGUCUUAUUGCCAGAAUCUUAGUAAAUGUAAUGUUUUAAAAGUUUGUUGUCUUUGUAUAUUAAUAACAAAUUAUGACAAGUUAAGUUUAAAUAAGAGUUACAUUAUUGCUCUCCCUGUGUCAUAUUUUACUAAGAUUUUGUGCCUCAUGUCUACUGCUGAGUUGUUUACUAGGAAUGUUAAAAGGAAUUGAUAAUUCAUUUUCAUUUUACAUUUUUAUAUAAUCAGGUAACAUGACAUACAACUUGAUGUACAAUUUUGCCUGUUACAAAGAGUGUGCUAAUUAUAGUGGUAUAUGCACAGAACAUGUUGGCAUGACAACAGGCUGAAUAAAUAGCUAUUUUACUUAAAAA